GGGGCUUCCGCUGUCAUGGCGGCCUGAGGUCUCUGCCGUCGCGCUGGUCGCUGCGGCCGUCCGUCAGGCGGCGGAGUCGCUGACCCCUCGGACGGGGAUGUGACCGCGGGCCCCGCCGGCCUGUUCCGGGCUCUGCGCCAGCUCUCCUGCCCGUCUCCCGCCUUCCCCUCUGACCGCCAUGGCGGGGUCUGGCUGCGUGUGGGGCGCGGAGCCGCCCCGCUUCCUGGAGGCCUUCGGGCGGCUCUGGCAGGUGCAGAGCCGGCUGGGCAGCGGCUCCUCGGCCUCCGUGUACCGGGUGCGCUGCUGCGGUACUCCCGGAUCGCCGCCCGGGGCCCUGAAGCAAUUCCUGCCGCCCGGCACUACCGGGGCCGCGGCCUCGGCCGCCGAGUACGGCUUCCGCAAGGAGAGGGCGGCGCUGGAGCAGUUACAGGGCCACCGAAACAUUGUGACCCUGUAUGGAGUAUUUACGAUCCAAUUUUCUCCAAAUAUGCCAUCACGCUGUCUACUUCUUGAACUACUGGAUGUCAGUGUUUCGGAACUGCUUUUAUAUUCUAGUCACCAAGGGUGUUCCAUGUGGAUGAUCCAGCACUGUGCCAGAGAUGUUUUAGAGGCCCUGGCUUUUCUUCACCAUGAGGGUUAUGUCCAUGCAGACCUAAAGCCACGUAACAUACUAUGGAGUGCAGAGAACGAGUGCUUUAAACUCAUUGACUUUGGUCUUAGCUUCAAAGAAGGCAAUCAGGAUGUAAAGUAUAUCCAGACAGACGGGUAUCGGGCUCCAGAAGCAGAAUUGCAGAAUUGUUUGGCCCAGGCUGGGCUACAGAGUGAAACUGAAUGUACCUCAGCUGUUGAUUUGUGGAGCCUCGGAAUCAUCUUACUGGAAAUGUUCUCAGGAAUGAAGCUGAAACAUACGGUCAGAUCUCAGGAAUGGAAGGCAAACAGUUCAGCUAUCAUUGAUCACAUAUUUGCCAGUAAAGCUGUGGUGACCUCUGCAAUCCCAGCCUAUCACCUCAGAGACCUUAUCAAAAGCAUGCUUCAUGAUGACCCAGGUAGAAGAAUUCCAGCUGACAUGGCACUGUGUAGUCCCUUCUUUAGCAUUCCUUUUGCCCCUCAUAUUGAAGAUUUGGUAAUGCUCCCUACUCCCGUGCUAAGACUGCUGAAUGUGUUGGACGAUGACUAUCUUGAGAACGAGGAAGAAUAUGAAGAUGUGGUAGAAGAUGUGAGAGAGGAGUGUCAGAAGUAUGGGCCAGUGGUGUCUCUGCUUGUUCCGAAGGAGAAUCCUGGCAGAGGUCAGGUCUUUGUUGAAUAUGCAAAUGCCGGUGAUUCCAAAGCUGCCCAAAAAUUACUGACUGGAAGGAUGUUCGAUGGGAAAUUUGUUGUGGCCACAUUCUACCCACUGAGUGCCUAUAAGAGGGGAUAUCUGUACCAAACCUUGCUUUAAUCACUGACCUGCUGUCAGGAGACUUGUUAGCUCCUCUUCUUCCAUUUUCUAGGUUAUUGUGUUUCCCAUCUGAAUGCAAAAGAAGCUUACCAUCGUAACAGGAGUAAUUUGUAUAUUUAAUCCUAUUGGCCUACCGCGUUUUCCAAACAGUGAUUGCAAACUAAAUCAUAUUUCAUACUGGGUAGGACAGGACCUUCUGCCUAAACACUGAAGUGUUUUAUAGCAUCCAUGUGGCGUCCCUUGUCUCUGCAGUAGGGCAGGUGCUGACAUUCAAUAGAGAAUCCAGAAAAGAGUAAUUCAGUUGUAUGGUCAUGGAGCAAGAGUUAUUGAUAACAUGUUCCAGUGAAUGUUUCACCAAAAUUAUUAGGAUGUUAACAUCAGUUAGAGAUUCUUUUUGUCUUGUCAGGUAAUUUUUCUUAUAAUUGAUAUCCAUAACUGGCAUUGUAUGUUCUCAGUACUAUUAAGUGAUGAAUGCUUAGGCAGUAAUUUACUAGUUGGUUUUUAACAUGAAGUUGUGAUUUUUUUAAAAGGAGUACCAUAGCCCUGAAUGUUCCUUUAAAGAAACUCCAGUGAGGCUACCUAAACGUUUGUAUUUAAUUGAAGCGUUUAAAUUGGAAAGUUAAUGAUUAAUCUUGCACAAUUUUUAUGCCUGGUGUGUGUGUGUGUGUGUGUGUGUGUGUGUGUGUGUGUGUGUGUGUGUGUAUGUGUGUGUGUGUGUGCCAAAGUCAGAUGUGUAUCUUCUGUUGGUUGAUACAGUUUAGGUUUAUUGUUUUCCCCUGUCUGUGUCAAGGCUAUAAGAUAGAAGAAGUAAAUUCGGUAACACAGGUGCUCAGUUGUCCUUUCUAUACAUUUCAAAAUAGGCCAUUCAUUCCCAAGCAGUUUAUAGUAAGCUUUGGGAUUGGAAGAUAAUGAGAAGGGGAAAAGUAAAAUCUAAACUGUAAUUUUUUAAAAUUUACAUUGGAAUCCUCUUAAAAGUGAAUCUAAGGAAUUGAGGAAAUUUAUUUACUUUAGGAGUUUUACUACAUAAACAUUUUAAUAUCACCCAGUUUGUUGUAGGGCCUAGAUAAACCCAGCAGUAUGACUCCUUGAGCUAUGCUUUUCUCUGCUGUAAGAAAAUUGAACUGGGAUCAAAAAGGAUAGAAUUAGAUAAAACGUGUAAGAAGGGGAAGAAAAGACAGGCAGAAAAAAGUAGAAGGUCAGUUUUUUAUUUUUUAAUGUUCUCUGAUUUCUUUUGGGUGGAAACAGCAGUUGAAGGAUCUGAGCGGACUGGCUUUGGAUUGCAGAAACUUUAGGAAGCAAUAGAGAUAUGUUGUUAAUGGAGAGGUGGAGAGCAAAGAGACAGAAGAAUACCUCUGUUCUUGGCUCUAAGGGAUUCAGAAUCUGAGCUGCUAAAUCAAAUGUGAUAUGAGGAUUUCAAUAUUAAUGAGUUCAUUGGAUAUAUAUUCUGUUUAUGCAGUUAUGUUCUUCAUAGUGGUGCUUGAGACUAUUUUCCCUGAUAUGUUUCCUUUAAAGGAUUUCACUGUAUUAAGAUUAGGAAGUGUGAAUAUCAAUAGAUAGCACUGAUGCUUUCAACUUCUAAUGAGUGUAAAAAAAUUGUAUAAUAAUAUGAACAGUCUAUUCCCUUAUAUGAACCAAGUGUUUUUGUAAAAAGGAAAAUGUCUUGUUCUUUUCAGACUGGAAACUGAUAGCAGUGACCCUCUUCAUAGUCUUGCCUUGUGUAUGACAUGUGCAGGCCACUACUUGUAAUUAGAUUGAUUCAAAUUUUCAUUUUAGAGUGAGCUUUUUUUGCAUUUUAAAUGAGUCUGUGUUUGCAGCCUAGAUUAUUUGGUGUUAUUUAGGCAUACUGGAAUUUCCCCACAAAAUAGUAUAUGUUGAAGAUGACCUUAUUUAUUGAUGGACUGAAAGGACUUUGUUAUAAGGUAGUCUCAUCUAUAAGAUGAUCCUAUGGCAUGUGUCCCAGAGAUAACAAUAUAGUGAGGCUGCACUGUGUUUUUUAAAUGAAGAACCAUUACUGUUAUGUUAAUCUCCUUUCUAGAUUUAAGAUUCACCCAUAGAUCCAGUGAUGCAGAGAACCUAAGCUUACCUGAAACAUGAACUCAUCUUCCUUUUAUACUGAUGGUAACUUCCAUAGUGGUUAGUAUUACCAGGUCUUUACUUUGAAGGCAUAGAGGUUGAUGGGCACAAAACACAAGUAAAUUCUUCCUAAUGAAAAGUAUUCUACAACAGUAGGUGUAGCUUUUUCAUCUCUCCAAAAAUAUCCUCAGAAGUCAACUGUAGGUAGACUAUUAAGCUUAUUAGUUCAAUGUGCUGCUGGCAUCCUGAUGCUGAACUCAGCAUUUUUUUACUUGAUGAUUUUUCCUGCUGAAGACAUCUUUGUAUACAUACCAUACAAUGUAUUGUCUGGUUAACACAAAGACUGUAGAAUUUUAUUACACAACAUUUCAUGGUAAAUUUUGGGGAUCAAGAAGAUUAUGGUGAGCUUAAGUGAUAGUGCUUUGAGAUGCCAAGGUGAUUUUUAAAAAUACUAGGUCAAAACAAAACAAAGACUGAUAGCCUCUUAUGAUGUGUUUGGAAUUGUAAGGCCUUGCAUGGAUCUUGGCUUAGUAUUACUACCAAAGAUGAUAUUGGCUGGUCUUUUCCCAAUCCUAACUUUAAUAGAGUUUAAUCUUUUGAAGUCAGACCACAUAAUGUCAAAAGAUGCAAUUUUCACAGUUAAUUUUUAAGAUAAAAUGUAGGGCAAGAUUUUGAUGAUUUGAAAUCAGUAAGGAUCUUUUGAUCAUUUUUCAGUGGAGCAGGAUAAAGGGGUCUGUUUUCACUUAAUCCCUAGCCUCCUGGCCAAAUUAUAACUCAGGUAAUUCUUUUUCUGAUUUUUUGCUUACACUUCCACUUAAACUGAUUGAGUUGAAUUUUUUUUUUCUUAAUUUCCUUCUCAUAACUAUUUCAUAGUAUUAACAUAUAACUAUCAAACAGCUGUCAUGUGCUCCCACAAAAGUAGUGAAUAUGUAAAAUCCUUUCUAAACAACUUAAUUUGAUCCCUUGGAAUCUUUCAGUGAGAGGUGCUAUGAUUAGUCACUUUGAAAACUUUGGUGUAUAAAGAGGAAACAGAAGUCACUUUGACUAAUUGAGUUACACUUGACACCUCACACUUACAAGAGUAGUACUAAACUAAAAGUUAGUGUCAACUGUAUUUUAAGGAAACUAAAAAAAUAUGGCUGUCUUCUUUGCCUUGCAAUCAUCAAGACGAUAUCACUCUUUUGAGGAGUUCAUUUUCUGAGCUGAAAGUAAGACUGCUUUUAUUUGAGUCAUCCUCUUUCCCCAGGUUUCCCCAAGAUAAAAAGAUUGCCUUCUUUUUAGAAUUCAUGCUGCUAAUCCUGAGAUUACCCUUCUAUUAAGUGAACCUUUUAAAUAAUCCUGAAAUCUUUGUUUUAACAUGUUCUUUUACAUUAAUUAUAUUUCACUAUUUUUAAACUAUUGAUUACAUUAAUUAUAAGUAAUUCUAAAAUUGCCUUCUAGAAUUACAUUGUAACAAAGUGCAAAGAAGGCCAAGAGAGAAAAAUGACACCUUUUGUAUAGCAGAAUGUUCAACAUAUUUCAUGAGGGAUUUAAUAGUGUGACCUCUAAAACCUGCUGAAAAAGAGUAUGCUAUCCUGCUGUUAAUUUGGCAUUAUAUGUUAAAAUAUAACUGAUGUUAGAGUUAUAAUUUAAGUCUUAUUUUAUUUAUAAGUUGGACCCAUUCCGAGUUUGUUCAUUAGACAGUGCCCUGCUACAUCAGUUGUUGUUGCAGCAUUUCUUAAAAUUGAAUUUUAAAAAACAAUAUUUUGUGGAAAUGGGUUUAUCAGUGUAGUUGCACUUGAUGGCUCAUCACUGAGUUACCAUGUGCUUUACAUGUAACUCUUACCUAGGAUGUACAGAACACCUGGGUAUAGCAUUAUUUAGAUUCAAGUGUACAUGCACUUAGAUAACUAAUUUUAGCUUAAUGGAUGUGGAUACGCAAAGAUUUAAGCAAGUGCCUUGUAUUUACUGGAAAACAUUAAUAACCAUUUUGGUUAUGAGCCUUCUAAAUGGAGAAAUAAUCUUUGACUUUUCCCCUGGCAGAACUUUCAGAAUGAGUUACAUAGUAACUGUCUUGAGGGUUCACUAUUUACUUAAUUUGCUUAUUUUUUCAUAGAAAACUGGUUAUAUUUGGUUUUCUAAUGCCAUAAAUGUUGGAAAAGUAGAAUUGUCUGACAGAAUUCCAUAUCUCCCCCUCCAUUUUGAUUUUAUUUUUUGUGAUGAUUAAGUCAUUGAAGGCAGUCAGUCUGACUCUGCUAUAAACUUCACCAAUGCUCUAAUUUCCUUUCUAAAGUUGCCACAGUAUCGGCAGGCAUAGAUGGUCUUUGAUCUGUAUUGUACAUAUUCACAUCAGGGGUAUCACAGCUGUCUGGGAUCAUCUUUUAACAUGUAGAAUGUGGUCAUUUCUUCUUGAGGUGACCAGUAUAUCAUUUUUAUUUGGAGAAUUGUGGAUUUUUAAGCAAGGGUUAGUAAUCUCAGCCUUUUCAACAAAUACAAAAUUAUUCAGCCUCUAAAAAAUGUCAUUUCCACACUUCUUGUGAUACUUUUAGUUUAGAUAAAUGUUCUUCGAUAUAGAAGAAAUUGGAUAUUUUGAGCUUUAGGAGCGUCGUGAGUUUAAAUGUGGCGAUAUUUAUAUGAGUUUGCUUUCUUGACCUAAUGCCACAGGAUCCUUCCCAUAAGUUUUUUUUUUCUAUUGCAUAAUGACUUAUAUAGAGACACACAGUGGCAUGUAGGUGGCAAGUGUUGUGGAUAUGUGAACAACUUCACAAUUUAAACUGUUUCCAGUACAAUGAGAGCAGUGAGUUGAGGAUCUGUAAAUUGACUUGGAGUAAGUGGUCUUCAGAAUCCAAAACAAUGAAUAGGACACCUCUUGGUCCCUCAAUACAGAGUUUUCCAUUCUUUUCCUCUAUAGCAUAAGGCAGCUUCACAGGACCCUCAGAUCCUAGAUUCAGAGCUGGACAGGACCUUAGAAGUCACAGAGUCCAAGCCUCUCAUUUUAAGGAUAACCAGGCAUAGAGGUUAAUUGAACUGUCCAUGGUCUGUGGACAUAGCUAAUAAGAGGCAGAGGCAGGAUUUGAGCCCAGGUCUUCCUGACUCUGUGUCCAGUGCUCUAUUUGCUAAUAUUCUGCUGCCUCUUCCCAGCUUUAUGGGGAUUGCUGUUUCACACCUGUUUAUUUUCUUUAUUUCAGAAUUCUACUUCAUGUCUGUUUUGUUCAUGGUAGCAUAACUAUUGGAUUACAUGUUAUCCAAUGAUUACCUGAAAGGAAUACAAUUCCCCACAAAGUAGAAAAAUGUUUACCAUAAUUUGGAGAAAACAGGUGGACAUUUUUAACAUUUUUUUCUGCUCUUGUUUCUCAUUCAUGUUCAUAUAAAUUUAGGAGGAAACUCAGUUUCCGUGUGUGAUUGACCCUGAUUUUUUUUUGGUAGCAAGUACAUUUUAAUACAAGGUAUGACUAGAUUACAAAUCUAGAGUUAGAAGGAACCCAAAAGGUCAUCCAGGCACACCCCCUCAUUUUAAAAAUGAAGAAACUGAGACCCAAGUUGGUUAAGUGAUUUGCCCAAGGUCACACCUAGGUAGUAUUUGAACCCGGGUCCUCUGACUGCCCCCCAGUCUUCUUCACUUUACAGGGCUACCUAUUAUAGAAGUUAGUCAUACUUCUAACCCAAACUGGAAUAAAUAAAAAACUUUUAUAAUGAACCCUUCACUAAAGAGUUACUUGUUUCAAUCAACAUAUAAUGGUCAUCAUUUAAAUUACCCAUGGUAAACAUUUUUAAUCUCUAAUUGGAAUUGCUUUCCCCUUUCUUCCAGUCAGCCGACUACCUUUCACUUCCCUGCAUUCAGAUAGUGCAAAUUAUUAUUAAUAUUAAUUUAACUACUGUGUUAAUCUCUAGAAUAAAAUCUUAUAAAAUCGUCCAAAAUCACACGUAAAUGACUUUUGGAUCGUUUUGUUUUCCUGGGUAGAGUUCCUUAUAUUUAAAAGUAGAGAAAUAGUAGGAAGAAAAUGGUCUUACCCUAUGCUGGCCUCAGUAAUGUUAUGCAGACUUAUCUACAAAUUUGAGUUCAUUAAGAAAAACCAGAUGAACAAUGCAGCACUUCUGAUUCAGGACCUGAAACAGAACCAUUCAUUACCUUUCCUCCAAUAUCCCCCAGAAAAUCCUGAUUAGACCUUAUGAAGCCAGGCUUUUAAAAAACCAAAAAAACGUAGCUCAGUCCUACCUUUUGUUUUUGUUUUGUAUCUUAAAACUCGGUGAGCUCUGACUUUUGUGGGAACUGGUGUUUGAUAUCGCCCAUGUGAGUAAACUCAUCAUAAACUGGGAAAUAGCCAUCUCCUUAUUUCCAUUUGCACAUUGGAUAAAGUAGGUGGCAUUAGUAUGCACUAGCUGCAAAGUAAUAGCACCUUAUUGGAGUAAAUAGUGUUUAUUUAUAAAGAUAUGUAGGGUUUUUUAUGUGUGCAUCUGUGUAGAAUAUUCACUUUAAGAAAUGUGAAACUAGAUAUAAUUUCAUAUCUUUUCUUAUAGUAUUUGCCCUUUUAUUAAUUUUGCUUUCAUAAAACCUGAAAUCAUUCAACAUUCCUUUAGAUUCUCUGUUUCAGAGCUUGGGUAGCAGGGAUCGUACUCCCACAAAGGGUUCUCUAGCUUUGCUACCUUUUGUUCACUCUUAGAAAUCCAUUUAUUAUGAUCAAGAAGGUUUAACCUUAGAUACCUCCAUUAUCAGCAGUAAAAUGGUGGUGGAUGUUAAGACUUACUGCAUUGAUUCCAGAAAUACACAAUUAUUGUGGUUUUUUAGAAUUAAGUUAUGAUUGAAAAAGAGAAAGAAUACUUAAACCAAAGCCAGUUAUAGGGAGUAUUCUCUUCCUGACAUCCACCUUCACCUCAGUACUACAAGGAAACUGCAGUGCAUAGUGAACAAUCUAGUAAACAUUGUCUCUGUAACAUUUCUACAGAAGGUCUCAGUGCUUAGUCUAUUUGUCUUGGCCUUUCUUGGCUCUAUGGAUGGGGUCUGGUCUAGGUGAGUUUCAUACUACUUCUGUAAGGUUUUUGCUUUUAAAUAAUUGAACAGAACAGUAAAUGUAGACUUGUGUCAACACCAAGAAAUAAAACUGCUUUAUUCUAAUUGUAUGCAAGGACACUAACUGUUUUUCAACUUUUCCAUUCAAGCCUUUUUGGGUAUUAAGGUUUUUUGCUAUUGAAUAGCAAAGAACUUCCAUUUGUUUUCUACUUUUCCUUUGCCCUAAAAGUAUAAACACUGCAUUUCAGUUUGACUGUGUUGCAUAUAGUUGGUUUGCUGUAAAUUUUUCUGUAAACACAAUUGCCUUGUUCAGUUUUGCUGUAAACUGACUUACCAUAUGAUGCACUGUUGAUGUUUUCUGAUGUGUGCUUGAUAAGAGUGAUGAAAUAAAGCUUAAAAUAUGUAUUGUUUGCUUAAACUAUUUCGAUACUUAGUAUAAAGCUUCUUAAACUCA